AUGAGCCCCUACGUCAUCACAAUUUUAUUAUCAAGCCUAGGUCUAGGCACCGCUCUUACCUUCAUAAGCUCCCACUGGCUGCUAGCAUGGAUAGGACUAGAAAUUAAUACCCUAGCGAUCCUUCCCCUAAUAGCUCAACACCAUCACCCCCGAGCAGUAGAAGCCACCACCAAGUACUUCCUAGCCCAAGCCGCUGCUGCAGCAACCAUCCUAUUUGCCAGCACCAUUAACGCCUGAACUACGGGAGAAUGAAACAUUUAUUGCCUAUCCCACCCCGCCGCAACAAUCCUAAUUACCAUAGCGCUAGCAUUAAAAGUAGGACUAGCCCCCGUACACUUCUGAAUGCCCCCUGUUAUACAGGGCUUAACCCUAACCACCGGACUAAUUAUGGCUACCUGACAAAAACUGGCCCCAUUCGCACUAAUCAUUCAAAUGGCCCCCUUCACCCACCCCCUCCUAUUAACAACCCUAGGAUUACUAUCCGUUUUCAUCGGGGGCUGGGGAGGUUUAAAUCAAACUCAAUUACGAAAAAUCUUAGCCUACUCAUCCAUCGCCCAUCUCGGCUGAAUAAUCAUUGUUACACAAUAUAAACCACAACUAACUGUGCUAGUAUUAAUUACUUAUAUCAUCAUAACAUCAGCAACAUUCCUAACAUUUAAACUAAUAGCCACCACAAAAAUUAAUACCCUAGCAAUAAGCUGGGCCAAAGUACCCACUAUUACAGCCAUAGCUGCUCUAGCCCUACUAUCCCUAGGAGGGCUCCCCCCACUAACAGGCUUCAUACCAAAAUGAUUAAUUUUACAAGAACUCACCAUGCAAGGGCUGCCGCUCACCGCAACAAUAAUGACACUCAGCGCCCUAUUAAGCCUAUACUUCUACCUACGACUAUGCUACGCCAUAACAUUAACAAUCUCCCCUAACACAAACAACUCUUCCGCCCCCUGACGUUUACAAAAUACACAAGCCACAGCCCCGCUAGCCACCCUAAUAAUUAUAACCCUGCUACUCCUCCCCCUCACCCCCCUAGCCCAGACACUAACCAACUAG